AUGUCUACACCAUUACAACAUCAUGAUGACACUUCAUCUCUCAACUUCAAGGAGACAGAACUCAGACUAGGCCUACCUGGUUCUCAAUCUCCUCACAGAAAAUCAGUUGGAGAAGUUUCUCAUAACUUCAACAAAAACAUUAAUGUUUGUCCUUCUUUGAACAACCUUGUAUCUAGUGUUGGAGCUAAAAGAGGUUUCUCUUAUGCUAUUGAUGAGUCUUCACCAAAAAACAUCAAAGAGGUUCUUCACCAACCAGUACAUGAAAAGAAUAAACAUGUUUCUGGAACAAAUACUUCAAAAACACAGGUUGUAGGAUGGCCACCAAUUCGAUCUUUUCGAAAGAACUCGAUGGCGUCGAAUUCGACAAAGAACAAUGAUGAAGAUGAAAGAAAAUCAGGAUUUGGUUGUUUCUAUGUAAAAGUGAGUAUGGAUGGUGCACCUUAUCUCAGAAAGAUUGAUCUCAAAAUCUACAACAACUAUAAGGAUCUUUCUUCAGCUCUUGAGAACAUGUUCACAUGCUUUACCAUUGGUCAAUGCAAUUCUCCUGGAUUUCCUGGGAAAGAUGGACUAAGUGAAAGCUCUCUGAGGGAUCUUCUACAUGGAUCUGAAUAUGUUCUUACAUAUGAAGAUAAAGAUGGUGAUUGGAUGCUUGUCGGCGAUGUUCCUUGGCGGAUGUUCGCCGACUCGUGUCGGAGACUAAGGAUCAUGAAAGGCUCUGAGGCAAUUGGGCUAGCUCCAAGAGCCAUGGAAAAAUCUAGGAGCCAAAAGUAA